CAGCUGAAAUGCACAACACAGCCAUCAGUGCCAUGUGCACACUAGCGCCACGCGUCCGUAUGUCGUGAAAUGCCGGAAGAACUUAUCGCGUUUUACGUUUUACUAAUUUGACCGUGCGACAACCAUUGGUACCGUGGUUAUUUCUAGCUCCAGCCUCUUCUUUCAACAUCUACCUCUGGCCACGUCGCACAACCAUGGCGGUAGCACCAGCGCUGUCUUUCCUGGAACUCCCUACAGAUAUUCAUUUCGAGAUACUAUGGCAUAUGGAUCUGCGUGAGGCGUUGCCACUGCUUCAUUCUGCCUCCAAGUUCCUCAACUCCCGGGAACUGUGGAGUCAUAUUCUUCACGCGACGCGCAAGAUAUUACCCAUACCAUGUCCUCCUCGAGACGAUUUGUCCUUGCUUACUUGCAGUGCCCUCAGAAACAUUGCGUACCGCGCUAUCUUUCUGUGGAAGAACUGGUCGUUGCCUAGACCCAAAGCCCAGUACUGGAGACGAACGGAAACGAAACACUACAAACCGACCAGCACGGACGAGUGUUUUCUCGCUGUUAUUCCUGGAACGCACCUGGUGGUAACGGGUUCGGCUGCAAGAGAGGUUAUCAGCUGCUGGGAUACGAAGAUUGGGAGCUGUGUCGGUGUUGUGAGAGAUGUGGGGAAAUUGCACUCAGUAUCGUAUCCCUCUUACACCGUACCGGGCCGAAUGGUGUUGGCAUAUGUGUCUUCCUAUGACAGCAUGUUAACUGCAUACGUCACAGGAAUCUGCGUGAAUUACGCUGAACGGACCUCGGUUAAAUUUGAACAGACUUUCCGUACAGAAAUAACCCUCGGGGAAUCCUUUUCCCAUUCGUACAUUACCCUUGCCAUCAAUGAUCGAUACCUAGUCGCGCUGGCGUGGCAUACGCAAAAGCUUCGCGCAGGCUUUGGAAUCAAGAAUCUUCAAUCUGCUCCAGAGAGCAAGUUCAUCAUAAACGCCGUCCCCGAAGCAUCUUUACCAGAACCGUCCAUCAAAACUCACCUUGACGGUUAUAUUUCCGGAAACACACUCAACGUCAUCAAGCACGCUCGGAACACGUACACCGUCCACGAAUAUACACUGUCGUCCGACCUAUCAGCCAGCAACAUAUUCUUGCGAGCACCGGUAGCACAACCUCCACUACCACAGUAUACAUCGAACAUACAUAACUGCCCUUCGACCGGGCGGUCCGUAUCGCAUACUUCCGUCCUUCCCGGCUAUCGCGUUCGAUACUCCUUCCAGUCUCCGCAGAACGAGCGAACGGAGUUCGAGUUCUCUUUCCCGCGGUGCGAGAUGAUGGAAGCAAUUCCUGCUGCGUCGGGCAGGCACGUGUUGGUUCAUUACAUGGACGGAACUGCGGGGGACCGUGUUAAGCUUUUGAGGCUUGCAGGAGAUAAGAGCUGCUCGAUACACGAUCUUCAUCUGCCUCUGGAGAUUAAUCUUGUAGAUCGGCUCAUUGAGGGACGAGGAAUAGGUAGUUGGCACGGGAAUAGGAGGGGCAGUAUCGAGAUUGACGAGAGCUUGGGGGUGGUGUACUUGUUGAUGGACGGCGGGAUUAUCUGGGCUGUUGGAUAUUCGUGAAGAGCUCCGCUGUGAGUUUCGUUCUGCCGUAGAGGACCUUUAAAUGUGUAACUGAUGCUUUAUGUAGAUUGAAUAAAGACUGCAAUGUAAUUUUAUGUGAUAGAACCAUGGUUAGACCAAUCUUUCGUUCUUACGAAUCCUCGGCCUGAUACCUCGGGUAUUACAAUGCAGGCACGUCGCGUCUCUUCGUGAACAUCGAUAGGAGAAGAAUAAUUUGCACAUAUUGCGGUCUUUGAUCUUUUGACGUCAACCC